AUGGCGAUGGCCCGUCCUCACCACAGGGCGUUGUCCACCGCAUCCUCAUCGCCCACCGAUCACCCGCCGCCCAACACCACAUCUUCAACAUCUACACACGUCCCCAUAGCUACGGCCGGAGCUUCACAUGGCAACUCCUCCAACCCCAACCACAAACGAGGCCAUAGCCACACCCACAACCUCAACCACCGCUCCAACCCGUCCUCCUCGUCUUCGUCCCCUGCGCCCGUCCACCCGUCUCUCCUCCAACCUCGAGUCGCCGUCGUCCUCAACGUCCCUCCUCCCUGGCACCCGUGGCUCUUUGCUCUCCGCCUCUGCUCUAUUCUCCCCGCGCUUUGGUGGGGUCUACCAUGCGCCCUGCAGCUUCUUCUACGACUUCUCCCUGGCCCCGAUCGAAUUCUUGUCGUGCGCCCGAAUCGAGCCUGCACAACCGCGCCCUGCAACGGCGGUGACGAUGCCGUUCCCUUCGCCCUGACAGAAGGCGCCCUGGCGACAAUAUGGUGCUUUGCCUGCGGAUAUCUCUCCUUCUUCUUUACCGACUGCCUCAUGUCACGAUGGCUCAUCCACUACACUCCCCAAGCGACCAUCGUCCGUCUGCUCACAAUCAACGCCGUCAAUGCGUAUCUGACCAUGACCGUGCUCUCGUGUGCCGGUGGCUUUGAAGACCCCCGGCUCAUGCUCCCGGGCUGGAUCGGCAUAGCAACCACGCUGACAGUGUGCUACCACAUCACGCACCAAAAGAUCAAUAUACGAAAGGAGACGUCAACGUCCAUCAAUGUCUUCUCGAUAGCAAGUUACAUUAGCAUGGUAACUCUGCUGGUACAUAUGCAUUCCUUUCAACUCGAUUAUCCUGCCAUGCCGUUCAUUGGACAUGCCAAAAGGUUAUGGAAUGAUGGAUAUGGUAUGCUGGUGCAAAUCAAGGGGUCUAUUGAACGAGCAGAGCUCUGA